AUGGCUUCUGUACCUAAGCGCCAUACGUACGGUGGCAACGUUGUCACUGACAGGAACCGUCAUUCUCUUCAAAGGAAUAAUGAAAUUUUGCAUCCUAUACGUAAAGACCAGCGAAAACAUGCCACAUUCGGACCAUACAUAAUUGGUUCCACUUUGGGUGAAGGUGAGUUCGGUAAAGUCAAGCUGGGUUGGACUAAACCAUCCUCCUCGAAUGAAGUCCCUAAGCAGGUAGCAAUAAAACUAAUUAGAAGAGAUACAAUCAAGAAAGAUGCCGAUAAAGAAAUCAAAAUAUAUCGCGAAAUUAACGCACUGAAGCAUUUAACUCAUCCUAACAUCAUUUAUUUAGAAGAGGUCCUACAGAAUUCGAAAUAUAUUGGAAUAGUGCUAGAAUUCGUAUCUGGAGGAGAAUUCUAUAAGUAUAUUCAACGUAAGAGGAGACUAAAGGAAUCUUCUGCAUGCAGGUUGUUUGCCCAAUUAAUUAGUGGCGUCAAUUAUAUGCAUUACAAGGGACUUGUUCAUAGGGACCUGAAACUGGAAAAUUUGUUAUUAGAUAAGCAUGAAAACUUAGUCAUUACGGAUUUUGGUUUCGUGAAUGAAUUCUUUGAAGACAACGAAUUAAUGAAAACUUCUUGUGGUUCACCAUGUUAUGCGGCACCAGAAUUAGUUGUUAGUACCAAGGCAUAUGAAGCAAGAAAGGCAGACGUUUGGUCAUGUGGUAUUAUUCUUUAUGCAAUGCUCGCCGGAUAUUUGCCGUGGGAUGAUGAUCAUGAAAAUCCAACGGGUGACGAUAUUGCUAGACUAUACAAAUACAUCACUCAAACACCUCUUAAAUUUCCCGAAUACAUAACCCCUAUUCCAAGAGAUCUGCUAAGGCGAAUUCUGGUACCGAACCCAAGGAGAAGGGUGAGCUUACAAGCAAUAGAGAGGCAUGUGUGGUUGAAGCCUCAUGAAGCGUUUUUAAGCAUUCAGCCGAACUAUUGGGAUGAACACUUACAAAGGGAGCGUCCACAAUUGUCUAAUAAAGGUGAUGUUGGUCGCCACUCAACUUAUUCUUCACCAGCAUCGUCGUACUCAAAAAGUAGAGAUAGAAACUCUUUAAUAAUAGAGUCAACGCUCGAGCAAUCUCGGAUGUCCCCACAACCUUUAGCUAGCGGUUCAACAUCACCGAAAUCCUCCAGUGAUCCAAGAGUGGUGUUAAAUGCUGCGAAAAAAAAUAUGAAAGAAUCCAGUAUAACUAGCGAACGUACGAGUGCACCCAGCAAGUACACACGCGAUUCAAAAGACAACUCCCAAAUAGAACAAAUAGCGGCUAGACAUUCAUCCAGGGGCAAUAAGCAUACAUCAGUUGCAGGACUCGUGACAAUUCCGGGCUCCCCCACAACUGCAAGAACAAGGAAUUCACCAUCAGAACCUACUGAGCAUCUAAAAGGUCCUAGCCCGCCAAACUUUACUCAGGAGGAAUUCCACCGUGUUGGUAAUUACCACGUGCCUCGCAGCAGACCUAGGCCAACCUCAUAUUAUCCUGGACUCAGUCGUAACACACCAGAUAAUUUAGUUGAUAUUCCAGUAAAUAAGCUAGGCUCAAGCGGAAGACUGGCAGAUACCAAAAACAUAGUAGUACCUUUGCACAGCCUUGAAGGUAAGCCUUCGGACAUAAUACACGAUGCCACCAAAGCUACGAUCUCCAAUAAUUCCAUUAUACUAUUAUCGGAAGGUCCAGCUGCAAAGACUUCCCCCGUAGAUUACCAUUAUGCUAUUGGCGAUUUGAAUCAUGGCGACAAACCCAUAACAGAGGCUAUCGUUAAAAUGAAUAAAGACCUUACUCAUAAAAUAGUAGAGCAUAGUUUUUCCCAGGAAAACGUCGAAUUAGAGGGUACCUCAAUGAUAUCAGUUACGAAAGAGUCUAAUGACUCCACCGAUGAAGAACGUGUGGAUACUCAGCCAGAGAAUGUUGGCCACUCUUCUAAUAAAUCGGACGCAUCCUCUGAUAAAGAGAAUAAAAAGAACUACGAAAGGAAGAGGUUUAGCUUCAUGUCGUUAUACUCAUCCUUAAAUGGUUCGAGGUCCACUGUUGGAUCUCGUAACUCAAAAGGAAACGCACCCCCCAUUUCAUCUAGAAAUCCUUCAGGACAAUCGAAUAAGAAUACCAUUAAAAUAACUCAGCAACAACCACGUAACCUUUCCGAUAGCAGUAUGUUAAGAGUUUCAAAUCCCGACAAAAAAAUUAGUGAUAAUAGAAAAAGAAACAACACAUCUGGCUACGUUGGAAACGAAAAUCCAGGAAGGUCGGUACGAGCUUCUGUUAUGGUUUCAACAUUACGAGAAGAAGAUCGAUCCGGAUGGUCGAAUGAAGGGAAUAAUGUUGAGGCACAGACCUCAACAGCACGAAAGGUUUUAAAUUUUUUCAAAAGAAGGAGCAUGAGGGUUUGA